AUGGUUGGGCUUGGCGCACCGAGAACUGAAUUGCCCAUGAUAGACGCCUGUCUCAGAGAAGUAGACAUAAGGGGCUGUCUUAAUAAGCAGCGAUUUAGUUACUCAACUGCACUGAAUCUGGUUGCAUCGAAGAAACUCGACCUGUCUGGACUUACACGAGCUCACUACAAGCUUGACGAGGCCGUCCAAGCUUUUGAGCGAUCGCGAAAAGCAGACGUUAUCAAAGUGUUUAUAAAUUGUUAG